AUGAGAGGAACAAAAAAAGAGAAGGCGGGCGAGACGCCAGCCAGGGUCCCGCCAGCUCCUGGGAACCUGAGGGCGUCCGCAGAGCCACAGAGAGACGAUCCAGGACGGGAACCAUCGCUGGAAUCAUGCACAGCCCGGGUGUGCAGGAUCUGGUCCAACUCGCUGUGCAGCACGAUGGGAGCCUUUGGUGACAAGGUGAGGGCCCAGUGGACCUGUGAGGAUCACACCUUUGAAGGCUCAGUCAUUGAUCAUUAUGACAGCUUGAGGCCCCCCCAACCUGAGUCUCCUAACAGCUAUGAUGAGGACCAAAAUCCUGAGGAGGAUGACUAUGACCCCUACGGACCCGUCCCCACUCACGUCACCAUGAUCACAGAGGACGCCUACCCUUACAUCACCACCACAGAGUCCCACUACGCCAAGAAGGAUAAGGUGGGCCGGAAGAAGGUACCAUUCAAGCACCAAGGACCUGAGACAGAUUCCUCUGAAGAGUCGGGGGGUGACGCAGCCCUUGGCGAGGAGGGUCCCACAGAGUGUGACUGUGAACCUGGAGAGCCUGGGUUCGCUGGUUUUGCUGGACCGAAGGGCUCCCGAGGCCUGCAGGGUAAAACGGGAGGGCCAGGACAUCAAGGCAGAGAGGGUUACAAAGGAAGUAAAGGAGUGCAGGGAAGACGAGGAGGCGCUGGACCAGUGGGUGAUGCUGGACCCGAAGGUGAAGAAGGAGGUUCUGGUUUCUCAGGAGCCAUGGGAGAACCAGGACUUUUAGGAACCAUGGGUGAGCGUGGAGAACCUGGUUCAAAGGGUGACAUCGGCAUGGAGGGACCGCGAGGAGGGGUCGGAGUCCCUGGUAACACUGGCCCUGGCGGUGAUGCUGGAACACCAGGAUCGCGAGGAGGUAAAGGUACCAAGGGAUCCUUUGGAGAAGAGGGCAAAGUGGGCCCUCAAGGGCCUGAUGGACGAAAGGGUCAGACUGGAGGACCAGGGUUCCGAGGGGACGUUGGUGAUAGAGGCUACAACGGUUAUCCGGGACAGACGGGAGACCGUGGGCCUGCUGGACCAAAGGGCAGUAGAGGUUUUGAUGGCAUUCCAGGCAGUGACGGCGACCCCGGAGAAGAUGGUCCCAUUGGUGUCCCGGGACUGAUGGGAGAGCCAGGUUCCUUUGGGGCCAAGGGCAGCAAAGGAGAUCGCGGCUUCAGAGGACCUCGAGGCAGAGUGGGCUCUGUGGGUCCUGGAGGAGAGCAAGGAGACGCUGGAAUACCGGGCAAGCCUGGACCAAAGGGCCUGCAGGGCCCCAUUGGGGCCAAAGGUGAGACUGGACCGGAUGGCGAGACGGGUGCAAAGGGAAGGAAAGGCAUAAAAGGUCAUAAAGGACAGAAGGGCGCUGUUGCUGACAGGGGGGACAAAGGACAGCGUGGACCAAAAGGUGCAGCUGGACGGACCGGAGAUGUAGGCCCAGUGGGUCCGCCCGGCAUCCCUGGGACCCGAGGAACCCGCGGCCCUAUAGGAGACCCUGGUGUCAAAGGCCAAGCUGGACCUAAAGGAGUGCAAGGUCCCAUUGGUGCCGGUCUGACCGACGAGCAGGUACUGCAGCUCUGCCGAGGCGUGGUCACGGCCCAGAUCUCUCAGUAUGCCUCCUCCAUCCGGGCCAAGUGCUCGCAGGGCUGCCCCAUCAACAACCGAACACUUAUUGGGCCCCCAGGAGCCAAAGGCCCCCCGGGACCACCUGGCAAAACGGGUAAAGCAGGAAAAGCUGGAUCCAAAGGAGCCCGAGGUGCUCAGGGAGACCGAGGCCUGGAGGGAGAGAAAGGAGCGCAGGGCGACCGAGGCAAAAAGGGUCCUAAAGGUGUUGCCGGUCAGGCGGGAAAAGGCUUCCCAGGACUUGAUGGACCACAAGGGGCCACCGGUUUUCCGGGUGAGCCUGGAGUGGCCAAAAACGGCAUGGAGGGUCCACACGGUCCCCGGGGCUUCCCGGGUCCCGUGGGUAUUCCCGGGAUGCUUGGAAAUGCUGGUGUUCCGGGUUUCUGUGAGGCUCGAGACUGCAGCAUCCAUGCGCCGGUGAUGCGCAAAGAGCAGGGCCUGGUCAAAGGACCCAGCAGCUCCCACAUUUGAACUCCGGCAGGCCAGGGAUGAAAAAGUCGGGAGGGUCUCAUGGUGACAAGGUCAAAGUUCAUCUUUGUGAACAUUCCAGCUGAGCAGGCAGAUGAAGAAGCUGACUUUUUAUUUCAUUAUUAGAAUUACAUUAUUUAUGUUUUGCUGUUGAAAACAAAAUAGAGUCCAUUGGG